GGGGGGGGCAGCGCCACCAGGGAGCUGUCAGAAAUGCCAGUCCUCGGGCCGCACCCCGGACCUACCCACUCUGAAACUCGGGGAGGCCCGCCCAUCUGUCGGGUGGCCCUCUAGGGGCCUCUGUGGCUUGCAAAGUUUGGGAACCGCCCUUCGGAGCGCUCCUCGGGCUGCAGGAGCUGUGGAGCCCCUUGGGUGAAGGGUAAAGGCAGCCGGGCCCCUUUUAAAGUUCAUGGUGCUUAAAGAAAACCGGGAGGAUAUACUGAAUGCCAGCGACAAAUUAACAGAAGUCCUUGAAGAGGCCAACACUCUGUUUAAUGGAGUGUCCCGAGCAAGAGAAGCAGUCCUGGACGCCCAGUUUCUUGUUCUGGCUUCAGAUUUGGGCAAAGAGAAAGCAAAGCAGCUGCAUUCUGAUCUUAACUCAUUUGAUAUGUUAAGAUAUGUUGAAACUCUACUGACACAUAUGGGUGUAAAUCCGCUAGAAGCUGAAGAACUCAUCCGUGAUGAAGAUAGUUCUGAUUUUGAAUUCAUAGUCUAUGACUCCUGGAAAAUAUCAGGCAAAACAGCAGAAAACACCUUUAAUAAAACCCAUACAUUCCACUUUCUGUUGGGUUCAAUACAAGGAGAGUUCCCUGUGCCAAAGCCACGAAGUGAUCGUCCAAGAAAAGGUCCCACGACAGAAGAGAAGAAGACAAUGCCUGACCAGUUAAAUGAAAUGGAAGAAUCUCAUCAAGAAGCAACAGAAAAAGAAGUGGAAAGAAUUUUGGGAUUGUUGCAAACGUAUUUUCGAGAAGAUCCUGAUACUCCUAUGUCCUUCUUUGACUUUGUGGUUGAUCCACAUUCUUUCCCCCGAACAGUGGAAAACAUCUUUCAUGUUUCCUUCAUUAUAAGGGAUGGUUUUGCAAGAAUAAAGCUUGACCAAGACCGACUGCCAAUAAUAGGGCUCAGCUCUGAGGUUGGUAGGUGGAUAUGCAGAAGUUUUCAAAUGAUUGCCACGUGUAACUCUACUACGGGAGGUACUUUUUUUUAAUGGAAGCAAAUGGAUUACUUACUACCGUAAUAACACUCUUAACACAUCAGUGAUGCACGGAAUCAUAAUAAGUAUGUAAUAUUAUAAGUGUCUUCGAUACAGGUUCAUUCCUUCUCAUCAGUUUCUGUUCAGAGUACCUCUUGCGAUUUGAUAACCUUUGAAAACUUUUGUCUUUCAAACAGAGCCUGUUAAUAUUAAUGAAGAAAGUGAGGGAAUUGACCAAAACACCCAAAUUAGGAAUCAAGGAAUCAUAGCUUUGAGUUACCGUG